AUGACGUGUGGUCUUGCAGGCGCUGGUAAGACCACGCUCGUGAAGGCUAUCCUCGAACUCCAUCCACAUUACACUAGAAUAUCAAUCGACAAUAUCAUCUUCCAAACGCACGGUAUUUACGGCAUCGACUAUCCAGCAUCUGCUACUGUGUAUGAACAAUACAACGAAGAAGCUGAUGCCAUCUACCUUGAAACGUUUCGCACACUGCUGGCCGAAGGGAAAGAUAUAGCAUUUGAGCGAUCAUGCUAUGCCAAAGAAGACAGAGACGAGUGGCGCAGAAUCGCAGAGGAGCGAGGCGCCAGAGUAGUACUUGUGUUCUUGCGAGCUGUUGACAAAGAGGUCUUGUGGGAGAGGAUCUGUAGGAGAUCUAGAGUCGAAAAAGCGGCUGACAAUGCACUGGAUAUCAGCAGGGAGACUUUUGAUAUGUAUUGGGAGGGCUUCGAGAAUCCAACUGGCGAGAACGAGAUUGUGGUUGAUGUAGUUUGA